AUGAGCUCACGUCGGGCCCGCACAAUUCUCUAUCUUCCCAAGAGUGGAACUCAAUCUUUACCUAUUAGCCAUGGCCGGAAUGGUGACGGAGAUAUUGUAUAUGAAUUUGUCAGAGAAGCAAAAGCCGAAGAUAUUGAGGAGUUGACUUUUACCGAGGAGCCUCUUGGUGUAUCAGCCAGACAUGGUUUCGGAUAUUUACAGGUCGAAUUCGGAGAUCGCAUAGGGCCUGAUGGCCGCUAUGAGAUUCUCAGAAAACUAGGCUGGGGUGGCUGCUCGAGCGUUUGGCUCGCAAAAGAUACUAAGGAGAACAACUUCGUCGCAAUCAAGGCUUUAACUGGGUAUGAGACACAUCGGUGGAAACGGCAUGCCCAGAAUGAGGACAGUGUAAUCCGGGAAUUAUCAAAAGACAAACGGACGUCGGAAACAUACUGCCUUACUCAGAAUGAUCGGUUUACUCAUCCUGGGAAGGAAGCGAGUGAUGGCGAGCAUAUCUGUAUUGUAACUGAUCCUCUGGGACCGUCCCUCGGCGAUUACAAAAGAAAACGGAUGCGAUUCACAAAGCCGCUGAUAAAGAAAAUCUCGUCUGACAUUCUCAAAGGACUCACUUAUAUGCAUGGACUGCGGAUUGCGCACACGGAUCUUAAACCCGAAAAUGUCUUGAUGGACCUAGGGAGAGGUUCAACAGCAUUUGACAUAGACUCAUUCAUCAAGAACGAACCUGCUCGUAGGCAUCAUAAAGAAAAGUCACAGGGCGGAAAGCCUGUAUCCGCGGCUGUCUCGCAACCAUUCCCGUUGCCGUCCCCUGAAGAUUGUCUUUCUCGAAACUAUGUAAUCACUGAUUUUGGGAGCGCGCAACAUGUUAAUGAUAAGAAGACUAACCACAUCAUGCCACCAGAUUUACGCGCUCCGGAAGUAAUCCUUGGACUUCAAUGGGAUGAGAAAGUGGAUAUAUGGGCUUUUGGCUGCCUCGUAUUCGAAUUCGUCAACAAUCAAAGGCUCAUAAGGGUCGACACGGCUGCUGCAGCUUUCAACGACAAGAAAUUCGGGAACCACGUUCUCUAUCAAAUACUCGCAAUAACUAGAGAUCGCUUGCCACGGAAUACUAUCGAGAGCAGCGAGAGCGCUAAAGAGUAUCUUGAUCCAAACACUGGUUGGUUGAAAGAUCAACGAGGACGGCCCGAGGUGGAAAUAAUGCUCUCGGAUAUUCUCAAGGGGAUAGGAGCUUUAAAGAAACCCGAAGACAUUGUCGGUUGUGAAACCCUGCUCAGAAAAUGCCUUCGCCUUGAUCGAAAGGACAGAUACUCCGCCAGAGACAUCUUAAUUGACAAGGACUCUUGGCUCAAGUCGGAAACGUGA